AYAUAAAAGCUCCUACACGUGCAUAACGCCCGGUAUUGGAGAAAAGAAAAAGAGURCUACAAUUUUGUACUUGUAUUAUAACUUAUAUAGCAAUAUUCUCACUUGAUCGCUGAAUUUCGUUGCAAGUAUUGAAGAAUGUCCGUAGUUGGGUUUGAUGUUGGAAAUCAGUCUUGCUAUAUCGCCGUGGCUCGAGGUGGAGGGAUUGAAACGAUCACCAACGACUACAGUGACCGAAGUACACCAUGUGUUGUAUCACUUGGAGAAAAAACAAGACAGAUUGGGAACUCUGGAAAGAACCAGAUGGUAUUCAACUUAAAAAAUACCAUAAGCCAGGUUAAAAGAUUUAUUGGGAGAAAAUUUAGUGAUCCUGUAGUCCAACAAGAUUUGAAAGAAGUUCCAUAUGAAGUGAUAGGGUUGCCUGAUGAUAAAAUUGGUAUAAAGGUUCGUUAUUUACGUGAAGAAGAAAUAUUCUCUCCUGAGCAAGUGAUGGCAAUGAUGUUUACUAAACUCAAAUCAAUAACGGAAACAGGGUUGGUGACUAAAGUCACUGAUUGUGUCAUAUCUGUUCCCAGCUUCUAUACAGAUAGACAGAGACGAGCCAUGUUGGAUGCUGCUUCAAUGGCAGGUUUGAACUGCCUGAGACUGAUGAAUGAUUCUACUGCAGUUGCCCUUGCAUAUGGUAUAUAUAAACAAGACCUCCCCACAGACAAACCUAGAAACAUUGUGUUUGUGGACAUGGGGCAUUCUUCCCUUCAGGUCUCUGUUUGUGCUUUUCUCAAAGGACAGCUUAAGGUCCUUUCAGUUGGUUCUGACCCAAAUCUUGGYGGACGAGACUUUGACAAGAGAAUUUGCUGUCAUUUUAUUGAGGAAUUUAAGACCAAAUACAAGAUAGAUGUGUCAACAAGUGGCAAGGCAAAGAUGAAGCUAAUCAGUGAAUGUGAAAAGCUCAAAAAGACCAUGAGUUCCAUUUCUACUGAUGUUCCUCUGAACAUUGAAUGUCUCAUGGAGGAUAGGGAUGUAUCAGGACAUAUGAAGCGAGCUGCCUUUGAAGAAAUGUGCAGCGACUUGAUAGAGAGGUUUAAACUUCCACUAACAAAUGCCAUGGAGCAGUCUGGACUGAAGCUAGAAGACAUCACAGCAGUGGAGAUAGUUGGUGGCUCAAUUCGUAUUCCCAUCUUUAAAGAAAUUAUCAAAACARUGUUCAAAAUGGAGCCAAGUACAACGCUUAAUGCUGAUGAAGCUGUUUCCAGAGGCUGUGCACUGCAGUGUGCUAUGUUGUCUCCUACAUUCCGUGUCAGGGAGUUUGUUGUCAAUGAUAUAGCAUCUUAUCCUAUUGUUCUUACAUGGAAAACACAGAGUGAUGAAGACCCUGGAGAAAUGGAGCUGUUUACACCUAACCAUCCAUUCCCCUUUUUAAAAAUGUUAACAUUUUACCGUAAAGAACCAUUUGAACUAGAAGCACAUUACAAAUCCAACACAAACCUCCCCACCAAGAAUGGCUUCCUGGGUAAAUUCUCUGUCCAAAAUAUAGUUCCUUCACCUGAUGGCGAUUCGUCAAAAGUCAAAGUCAAAGUUCGUAUGGACAUCCAUGGCAUUUUUAGUGUUUGCUCAGCACAACUUGUAGAAAAGCUUUUAGAGCCUGAACAAGAAACACCUGAACCCAUGGAAACAGCACCAGAAGGAGACAAGAAAACUGAACAACAGCAAGUGGAUGGCGAAGCUACUGAAGCAACAACAGUGAAUAAUACUGAAGAAACUCCUAAAGAAAAGACCACAGGGGAGCAACCAAUGGAUGUUGAAGCUGAAAAUAAACAAAAUGAACCCAAAGAAAACAAUGAUAAUAAAACUGAGGGCUCAAAACCCAAGAAGAAGAAACAGUCAGUAAAAACAACUGAUCUUCCUGUAGACUUUGUGGUUCCUUCACUUCAGAAGAAGCAACUGAUGGACCUUAUUGAGAAGGAGAACUCGAUGAUCAUGAAAGAUAGAUUGGAGCAAGCAAGAGCAGAUGCCAAGAACAGCGUUGAAGAAUAUGUGUAUAACAUGAAAAAUGAUUUACUCGACAAAUACGAACAGUUCGUUACCGAGCAAGAUAGAGAAAAGUUUGAAGCGAUACUUGACGACGCUGAGAACUGGCUGUAUGACGAAGGAGAAGAACAAUCUAAAAAAGUUUACCAAGACAAAUUAGCAAGUCUAAAGAAAAUCGGCGAUCCUAUAGAAACACGUUAUAAAGAACAUUCAUCCCGUCCCGAAGCCUUCAACGCACUAGGCAAGUCCAUACAACAAGUCCACAAAGCCUUGGAUCUCAUUGCACAAAAAGAUGAAAAGUACGACCAUCUUACAGAAGAAGAAAUUAAAAAGCUCCAAAAAGAAGUGAAGGAGAAAGAGAACUGGUUUAACUCCAAAAGUAACGCGCAAUCAAAAGUCGUUGACACUAAAGACCCUGUGGUAUUGACAGUAACCAUUCUUGCUGAAAAACAGAAACUUGAAUCAGUAUGYAAUCCUAUUUUAAACAAACCCAAACCAAAGAAAGAACCYCCACCGCCAAAAGAAGAAGAGAAAACAGACGACRCCGCAAAGAACGCAGACCCAGAAAACAAAGACAAUCCAAAAGAAGGUGAAUCGAUGCAGCAAGACCAAGCACCUGAAGGAGAAAGCAAACCCUCAGACAUGGAAGUAGACUAAAAUGAGAUUAUUAAUGAGAGUAAUGAGAAGAAAAAAAAACAAUGAGUAGCAAGCGAUAGUAGGGAGAGUUAACGCUGUCUUGAUUGUAUAGUUGCAUUCUUUACUUGAGUUUAAAUUGUACCGUUAAUGAUUUUAAAAUUGGUGGUAAUUGACUUUGUAGCGUUUUCCCUUUUAAAUUCUAGGUCUUUCUUUUCAGUGUCUCUUUUAAAAUUGUUUUCUUGUGACUAUUUAGAAAUAUUUUGAGAUAACGUUUUAGGUAUUAGUAGAUUUUUUUGCUCAGUUUCAAUGUUGCAAGCUUUUCAUGAUAUUUUGCUGAAUACAAGUUGAUAUUUUCUGUACUUGUUUUAGUGUUUUGUCGCAGUAAGUUGAAAUAAAGACAAGCAACAGUACUACAAGACAGUGUGAUGUGUAUAUAACAUAUCUAUAAUGAACUAUUGCAAUUUGGGACAMUACCUGAYCGGUCCACUUAAAUUUAAAAAUAUKAAAUAUUAAAAAAUUGUUUUUAUA